AUUUUUUUCUCAUUAUCAACAGGUUAUGUCACGCUGUGCUUAUAAUACGAUUCAAGUGUUUUUACCAAGUUCCAUAUUCUAUUGUAAUAAUUUAUUCUUUGUCAUUUAGUUUGUUCAGCAAAUUAUGCUUAUCAUUUUCACCGGUUUGUUUGUAAAAUUAUUCACAAGAACGUGAAAUUUUGUUUGAAGUAUUUUUCAAUUAAUUUACCGUUGGGUAACUUUAAUGCCGGUUUGUUAUUGCCGCUUAUUAAACACGAAUAUUGUUUAACUUAAAUGAAAUUGUCAUUGGUAAAAAUCCAGUGAAAAUCUACUUCGAGUCAUGAAUAUCGACAAUGGGAAGUCCACUGUACUUGAAAAAACGAAACAUACCAGCAAUGAUAUGAAAGAAAAUGAUGAAAUUUUAAUUGAAAAAAAUGAAGAAUGUGGGUCUAGCAAAGAUGUAAACAGUACAUCAGAGUCGUUUGGAGUCAUCAGUGAUAUUAAAAUUAAAGUGGAAAGUUCUGCAUCUGUAGACAAUUCAAACACACAAAACAAUUGUGGUGAUGAAAAAAAUUCUGCAGUUAAUGAAGCUAGUGUCGAAAGUAGAAGUACAAAUCAUAAUGUUAAUGUAAAAAAAAUAGAUGAUUUAUUCUUCAUAGAUAAACGCACACCUUUAGAAGUAAUAGCCAUGCAAUAUGAUAGUUCGGAUGAAGAAACUAAUGACAAUGAAGAUACAGUUUCCAAAAAAACUAGUGUUUCAAACGUCCAAGACUACAGAAAUCGAGAUGUAGUGGUGCUCUCGAGUGAUUCUUCGAGUGACAGUGAAAGUGACUCAAGCAGCAGUAGUUCUGAAACUAAUUCAAAAAGUUCCAACUCUGAUGACAGUAAAAAUUCUAAUGAUGAAUCCAAUGAUGAGAUACAAUCCAAAAAUAAAAAUAGUAGGACUAGAAAGAACACACAACCAAAAAAAGAAUACGAUUUGCCGCCUAUUGAGGACUUGCAAAUUAGUGUUCCUGAAGUUUUGUGUGAACCUUUAGGCAAAGUUGCUUGGUUUGUCAAAGAAAUGGUUGUUGUGAAGCCAGAACCUGAUAAAUUAACUCUUAAUUUAGAUACUGUAUUGUUCAUUGAAAGGGGCAAAAGGGCUCUUGGCCACAUAUUCGAUGUAUUUGGUCAAGUAUCCCAGCCACAUUACUGCGUGAGGUUCAACAGUUCAGAACACAUUCAUGAACGUGAUAUUAAGGAGGGCAUGACUGUUUACUUCUGUCCAAAUUCACCUUAUACAUCCGUAGUAUUUUUAAGUGAACUUCGAAAGUCAAAACCUGUGGAUGAUUUGGAAGAGGAUGACCCUCCACAAUUUUCUGAUGAUGAGGAAGAACGAGCUUACUUGGCCAGUUUGAAAAAUAAGUCCAAUAAAUCCACAGCUAAUCAACACAAGCAAGCUGGAGAAGGUGAAAUUCCAAACAAACGCCGUCGUGGUAACAAACAACAAGGUUGGCAGUCUAAUCAUCCCUGGAAUAGUUAUCGAGAGAAUCAACAGUUGCAACAGCAACUAGCCACGAGGCCGUUCUAUCGCUCGCAUAAUCUGUGGUCCCGUCCGCGCUAUCCGCAAGUCAACAAUUGGGCCUGGUACCAGCCUUUACAUCCGUCUCAACAACAGCCCCCUCAAUUCAUACAACAAGCCAACUGGGCAUCUGCUUACGGCCCUCAGUCCUACGAAGAGGCCCAACAACACGAGUUUGGGUACAGCAAUCCACAGCAGGCAGCUACUUAUUAUCCACAGAUCGAUACAAAUAGCUAUGGACAGAUGCAGCAACAGCAACCGCAAGCUAAUAUAAGCCCGCCGGUACAAGAUUUGUCGAGACUGGUCUCGCAAUAUCAGCUAUUGACUCCGCCACCCCCACCCCCACCUCCAUCAGAUCAAAACAAAUAGCUGUUUAUUAUUAUUUAUUGUUG